UUUGCGUCAAAAAAAAAAAAAAACAAGUUGGCGGUAAAGAUGGAGCCUUUGGAGACUGAACUCUUACCCAGCGAUGGAACAAAUGAGGAGUUCAGAGUUCAGGUGACGUCCAGGAGACAAGUAACGGAGCAGAUCAGUAAAUAUAAAGACGUUCUGAAGACGGUGCUUGACGGACAGCCGGAAGUCCCAGAAGAGACGAAGCGCGUUUUACUGCAGGAGCUGCUGGCGAACUUUGAGGCAGCUGUUCAGGACAACGUGUUGGUGAACGGACAGCCUUGGGAGGAGGCACCUGAUGCUGAAGCGGAGGAUGAGGCCCUGGAUCUGGAGAGCCUGCUGGACGACACCAUAGUCGAGACCACCAGGCGGCGCCGCACGUACCCGAAAAAGAUCCUGCCUCACGUGGUCCACUCGCUCAAAGCUGAGCGUAAACUCAUGGGGCUGUACGAGCUCGCAGUCAAACCUCAAGAGGUGCUCAAAGAUCCGGGUCAAGAGAGCAUCAUGAACGACUUGUCAGCAGCAGCUCCUGUGAUGGUGAAACAGGCCAUCCAGGUCAUAAAGUCAAUCAACACUCUGCAGAAACAAGCCGAAGGCCUCUGUGAGAUCCUCAACAUGAAGCCGAGUCACGCCACUCUGGAGAUCCACAGAGAAGUCUUCGGUUUGGACGGCCAAUCGGACGCGCCGCCGCCUCCCGAGGGCGGAGCCGCGAGGAGCAGGCAGCCAAUCAAGAGAGCCGUAGAGGAGGCGGCUGCUGCAGACUGUUAUGUGCCUCUCAGUAAGAAACCAGUGGGAGAGAGUGAACCAGAGUGACACUUCCUGCUUCCACCACCACACGCCAGAGGAGACGGACUAAUAUGAUUUCUUUUUUAAACAAUAGAAAGCAGCGGUUAAAAUGACUCUUCUUGAGGUUUAGUCAUUUUAAACGUGGAGUCUCACAUAUUUUUUAUAGUGAAACAUUACUAUGAUUUCCCGUAAACAAAGAGGACUGUUAAUGGGCUGAGUAUUGAAAGAGCAUAACAAAUGUCUUACAUUUUAAGUAAAAGUUUUUUUCUACCACUGAAACAAAGUUAAGUAAUAUUCUUUAGGACUAAACUGAAUCAGAUGAAAUCCUAAAACUCCUCUUGUUACUCUGUUUAUAUUGGAUCAGUCCCUUUUACACAUUUACAUCUAUCCUGUUUUUGUGUGCUUUUUUACACCUAUACAUCUUUCUUUAAAUGUAUCAGGGUUUAUGAAAUAAUAACUAUUUAUAUGGGACUAAUACACAUAUGGUGUGAAUCUGCUGUAGUGCAGUGAUAUCUUAACCUUUAGUCUGAGGCCUCCCAAAGACCAAAAUGGUGCGCUGGGAUUUGUCUGCUCAAAAUUCGAUUUGCAUGCAUAACAAAAAUCAUAACAACACACUUAACUGGAUACUUUUUUCAAAAGUCUGUAUAUAAAU